AGCUAAGUCUUGAUCUGGAAUCCACCUUUCAACAAAGAUGCAUGUGAAUGAAUCCAAAGUGAUACAACCAAACAGAACUGGAUUACCUUUGAGCUGCACCCAAAACUACAACCUGGUGAGGAGAUGUGUUGGUGGUAGGCCGAGCCGAUCCAUAAAUCAGAGACAAAAGAAGAGCACCUGAGGAAGAAGUGCACGGGCACAACUUGAUGCAUCAGAUCCUACAUGCAAAUUACAUGGAGGAUGAAGUGCACCUGCAUGCACAACCAUCAUGCUCAGGUGUCAAAGCAAGUAUCAAACUCUUCUUCUUCUUCUUCUUCUUCUUCAAGUUGGUCGGACAGAAAUCUGGUGAAGCAUACAUGUAAUCUUCCACUUGUUUCCACCCUAAUUGAGCAAAUCUUCUUUCCACCUCUAGGGCGGACUCUGCCUUAUCAAGAAGCUAAAUUUGAUUUGGAUUGAUUGCACUAGAGAUAAUCCAAGAAUAUGACCAUAGCCAGAUGUCCAAUCCUGUUAAAAGCAAUAAAUUUUCACUCACUUUUUCCUGCAGCAAUUCAGAAAUCAAAACCUAAAGGAUUCAUAAAUCUUCAUCCAAAGGUUGGCCUUUAAUAACACCCCAAAACAGAUCCGAUCAUAAGAUGAGAUGAAUGAGAGAAGCAUUGAAAUGUCAUUGUAGGCACCACAUUUUGCACUCGACCGAAGCCAAAAGGAAACUGGUUCAGAAGAAAAAGAGAUCAACAUCCACAAACUAAGACUAUGAUCAGAGUGUGGAUGGAUUCCAAGCCUCCCAUCGAAGAGAUUGAAAAGAAAAUAAACACAAAGGUUUCUUGAGAUUGGCAAUAAGGAAUGGAAUGGAGGCAGGAUAAGAUAGAAAAGCAGGUGCCCUGUUAGUUUUCACAGUCCACCAGGAAGCUCUGCAGAGGCUGCAUGCCAUUUCCAUCCAAUCACACCGGACAAAAUAAAGUGGGAGAAAAGAUGUGCGUAGAUUUGGAAAAGGAACAGCCUAAGGCACUCUUCUCCACACGACAUCAUCAGACCCAAGAUAUAUUCCCCUUCCAACACCAGUGUUUCCCCCACCAAAUGCCCCCUCACGCAAGCCUGGAAAUAUUCACACAUCAAGGAUAUGAACACAACCUGCAACACAUCUCACGAUCACUUAGCCCCGUCCAGAACAUUCAAAUUUUAAUGCAUGGAAGCUGGAAGACAUGAAUAACCAUGUCUGGAAGUAGUUAUCCACCUUUGGGUACCUGCAAGAGCACGCUUACAAGCACUAACAAAAAAAGUACCAUCUCCUGCAUGGCAAAGUGAUAGGUAAGAAUUACCUGUUAUUCCCUUGGAGAAGCCCCUCCAAAUGCUAAAUCCACCAACCUUUGGACUUUUCUCCCGAUCCUGUUCCCCAUUCAGAGGUCUUUUUGCAUGGAUCCAAAUUAACCAAACCCAACUCCUUAGAAAGCCACAAAAGCCUUGCCUUCUUGGACUUUGCACCUCCAAUGCUGAUUCUCCUCUCUCUUUUACAUUCGUCCCGAAUCAACCAAGUGCUAAGGAGACAUGCAAUGGAUGAAAGGAAGAAGACAACUCGUGCUCCCUAUAAAUUCAUGACUCCCUCCCAGACACCCUGUGAAAUCCCCCCCAAAAAAACAAAUCACUCCCACUGCAACACAACCCCACCCAUUCCCGAUUGUGGAAUCAAUUUCGGUCGAUCCAUGGGAAGGCAAAGUAAUGAUACUACAGUCCGCUGCUCAUCCAUCGCAUUGCUGCAAGAGAGGUUCAGGCAGUUGCAGCGAAUCAAAGAGAUGAGGGAGGAGAAGCGGAUACUGCGAAUGAUUGCUGAAGCUGAACAACCCAAGUGGUUCUUCUGCCGUGACCUGGCACAUCCUUCCAGGCCUCUGUGUGAUUCUUCAUCCCUUCAGGCUGAGUACCAUGUCAACUGCACCGAAAUCCAGUCGUUUAAGACCUCUCUCUCAUUAUGCUUGUGGUCCAGUGAUGUUAGCAUGAAGAUGUCCAAUGAAACAGAAGUCGACACUUCUCUUCACCUGUAAAAGUGGUCAUACUUGCUUGUCCAGCCAACCACAAAUUUUCCUGUUUCUUUCUCUCUCUCUCUCUCUCUCUCUCUCUC